AUGAAUGCUACAAGUCAUGGUGAAAUUUAUAAUUUACAUGCUAUUGUUGUUAAUCAAAAUAAAGAAAAACAUCCAAAACGUACAUGUCAGAAAUUAGCUAUUGAAAUGGCAGAAAUGUUCUCUGCUGCUAUUGAUUUUGGUAAAACAGGAUAUCAAAUAGAUACAAAUCGUAUAGAAGAAAUUCGAAAAAUUGUUGGUCAUAAAUAUCCAGAUUUUCUAAUGAAAACUUCUUCAUAUCAAUCUGAAUCAAUUUUGGGUAUACUUUAUCGUAAAGCACUUAAUUUCAAAACUCAAAAUCCACAAUUAUUUGAAGGUCAAGAUAUAAAUGCCUCAAUAAAUCUUCUACUAAGAGUUCGUACUGCAUUAAAUAUUGAUCCAGAUAUCAUUCAUCAUGAAUUACACUUAAUCUUUGGUAAUAAUGCUCCAUCUAAAAUUAUAAUUGAUCAAUGGUCUGAUUAUUAUAAAAAGAAAGAUGCAAAUACAACACAAUCGAUAGAUUCAUCAACUAAUACAUCAAUUGAAGAUAUAAAAGAAGUUUGUUCACAAAUGGAUAAUAAUCUUCAUAUUACAGAUAAUGAAAUAUAA